UUCAUUAACAGUUGUUCUCAGUGACCAAGUAUAUGCGAUUAAAGGUCGGUUCGUUACUCAACCUUCGCACUCAAUACGAUGGUGGGAGGAUAUAUGUUAAGAGGUCUUGCAAGUUGUACUUCUCUCACAAUUAAAGCUGAGCAUGAAUUGAUCGGACGAAUGUAUUGACUGGUUUACAUUAUGAGUUUCAACCAUGGCUUACUUAUAAAAAUGGAACUUUAAAAGGAACAUUGAUUAACUUAUGUCCGCGUCAACUGAAACCAGAUGAGGAUACACGCUCAGUAGUGGUCUGCAUUAUUCUUUUCCGAUACGGUUUCACUAGUGGAUUUAAUCCUCUCCAUGCAUAAGAAUAUGUCGCUUUUCGUUGUAGGUCUUAGCAAGGGCAUACCAAGUAACAGUAUGACAGAGUUUCAGGAAGUGAUGAGGCAACAGCUGGAGAGCUCCAUGGAUGCCGAACUGAAAAAGCUCCUGAGCACUGCCACAGGAGCCGAGGCAGGGGUACCCGAAAAGGACUUUGAGGGCUUUAAGAAGCUUUUCCACAGAUUCCUGCAAGUGAAAGGCCCCUCAGUGGAAUGGUCGAAAAUCCACAGACCUCCAGAGGACUCGAUUCAGCCAUAUGAGAAAAUCAAAGCCAGAGGCCUUCCAGACAGUAUAGCAGACAGUCUCAAUAAACUAGUGGUGGUGAAGUUGAAUGGAGGUCUGGGAACCAGCAUGGGCUGCAAAGGCCCCAAGAGCCUGAUUAGUGUCCGCAAUGAGAACACUUUCCUGGACUUGACUGUUCAGCAGAUAGAGCAUUUGAACAAGACGUACAACACUGAUGUUCCGCUGGUCCUCAUGAACUCUUUCAACACAGACGAGGACACCAAGAAGAUCCUGCAAAAAUACACACACCACGGAGUGAAGAUUCAUACCUUCAACCAGAGCAGGUAUCCGAGGAUUAACAAAGAGUCCCUGCUGCCAGUGGCAAAGGAUUUGGGUAUGACAGGGGAAAAUGCAGAUGUGUGGUAUCCUCCUGGUCACGGAGACAUCUACGCCAGCUUCUAUAACUCAGGUUUGCUGGACCAACUGAUUGCUGAGGGGAAAGAGUACAUUUUUGUGUCCAAUAUCGACAACUUGGGUGCCACUGUGGACCUGUAUAUUCUCAAUCAUCUCGUCAGCCAACCCAAUGGCAAACGAUGUGAGUUUGUCAUGGAGGUCACAGACAAAACUCGGGCUGAUGUGAAAGGUGGCACACUGAUCCAGUAUGACGGCAAGCUCAGAUUACUGGAGAUUGCCCAAGUGCCCAAGGCCCAUGUGGAUGAGUUUAAGUCAGUCAGCAAGUUUAAGAUCUUCAACACCAAUAACCUGUGGAUGUCCCUGGCAGCCAUUAAGAGGCUGCAGGAACAAAACGCCCUGGACAUGGAGAUCAUAGUCAACCCCAAGACAUUAGAUGGAGGGCUCAAUGUGAUUCAGCUGGAGACAGCGGUGGGUGCCGCCAUCCAUAGCUUCGACAACGCCCUGGGCAUCAACGUGCCACGAAGUCGCUUCUUGCCUGUGAAGACCACCUCUGACCUGCUGCUGGUCAUGUCCAAUCUGUACAGCCUGGAGGCUGGAUCACUCACCAUGAGCCAAAAGAGAGAGUUCCCCACCACUCCUCAUGUCAAACUGGGCAGCUCCUUCACCAAAGUUCAGGAGUAUCUGACACGCUUUGAGAGCAUCCCAGACAUGCUGGAGCUGGAUCACCUGACAGUGUCUGGUGAUGUCACAUUUGGAAAACACGUCUCUCUAAAGGGAACAGUUAUUAUUAUUGCCAAUCAUGGAGACAGAAUCGACAUUCCAGCUGGCUCAAUGUUGGAGAAUAAGAUAGUGUCUGGCAACCUGCGCAUCCUGGACCACUGAAAACCUUUGAUUUUGUGAUUUGGACACAUUUCCAUGGUGUCUCACCCACUGUGAACUGUAACCAAUUGAGGGGGAUACAACCAGCACUUCUUACUUAAUCACAAAAUUCAAAGAAAAGGAUUUUACCAAAAAGACACACAAGAUAAUGUUUGUUCCCCUUCCCCCUCAUGGACCAAGCCCCGAACCAUAUUCCAUUUUAUUAUUUUAUAAAAUAAGAGUGAAUAAAGAUGAUCACAAACAACCAAGUUUGUUACAUUGAAAAACCGUGCACACCCUUCAUUAGCCACUUGUUAAACAAAUAUUGAAUUUGCAGAUUAGGUAACAAAUUGACAUUUAUUCAUUUCUCUCGAAAGGUCAUACCUUAAUAUCAGCAUAAGAUGCCACCACAUGCAAUGCCAGAUGAACAUCAUAUUUGUAUAUUUUUUAAAUAGAAAUGAAAAACAAUACAAACUCUUAUUGUUUGUUUUCAUUUUCACAUUGUGAAAUGAGCCUCAGACAUCUCUAUGAAGUAUAUGUACAACAUCCACAGAAAACACCUCACAGUCAUUCCACCCAGACACAGCAGUAUUGUCUCUUGGACUGUGAUCACGACAUGACCCUGCCAGGCACUGACUCAUGAAAUGUGAGAAGUUGUGAAUGAGGACGAGGAGUGGGAGAGCAAUAAGUGUUUUCCGUCACAACCGUGACAGUUUCAGCUGCACAUUUCUCCAGCUUCGUCUGGAUUCUCGCUCUGUCCUUGGAACUGAAUAAAGUGCAAUAUGGA